CAGAGAGGGAAGGGAAGUCUCUUUGUUUUCGAGUUCCUUCGUUCACAUCACAGCAGUCACAGCAAUUCGCUUCGUCCAGAAACUGCGUCGUUUCAGAUCGCAAUUUUUGCUUACCGGUAUAUACAUCAUAGUGUGUGAAAUGCCUGCACAAAAGGUUGAGACUGGUCACCAAGACACUAUCCACGAUGUGGUUAUGGACUACUAUGGUAAGCGUCUCGCCACAGGUUCGGCGGACAACACCGUUAAGAUAAUCGGAGUCAGCAACUCGGCCUCUCAACAUCUUGCAACUCUUACUGGUCACCAGGGACCUGUUUGGCAGGUUGCUUGGGCUCACCCCAAGUUCGGGUCUUUACUUGCUUCCUGUUCUUAUGAUGGGCGUGUUAUACUGUGGAAGGAAGGGAAUCAGAAUGAGUGGAUCCAGGCCCAUAUUUUUGAUGACCACAAGUCGUCUGUCAACUCAAUUGCUUGGGCUCCUCAUGAACUCGGUCUCUGUUUGGCGUGCGGUUCUUCUGAUGGGAACAUUUCGGUUUUCACUGCAAGGGCGGAUGGUGGUUGGGAUACCUCGAGGAUUGACCAAGCUCACCCAGUUGGUGUUACCUCUGUUUCAUGGGCUCCCUCAACAGCCCCUGGUGCUCUUGUUGGUUCUGGUCUGCUUGACCCUGUUCAGAAGCUUUGUUCUGGUGGUUGUGAUAAUACUGUGAAGGUGUGGAAGCUUGGUAAUGGGGUUUGGAAGCUGGACUGCUUUCCGGCUCUUCAAAUGCAUGUUGAUUGGGUUAGGGAUGUUGCUUGGGCUCCCAACUUGGGACUGCCAAAAUCUACAAUUGCCAGUGCCUCACAGGAUGGGAAAGUUAUUAUAUGGACUGUGGCCAAGGAUGGGGAUCAAUGGGACGGUAAGGUGCUGCAUGAUUUCAAUUCACCUGUUUAUAAGGUCUCAUGGUCGCUGACUGGAAACAUAAUAGCCGUGGCUGAUGGGAACAACAACGUAACAUUAUGGAAGGAAGUAGUAGACGGGGAGUGGCAACAAGUGACAACAGUUGAGCCGUAGAAUAUUUUCAAAAGUUUGCUUCUGUUAUAGCGGGUCAUAUCUGAACCUCCUUUAUGAACAUAUACAAAGACUUUGAUCUAACUAUCAUAAAGUUGAUUAUUCUUGAUUGGUGAUGCUGAUGAACACUACUGUGUUGCUGGAGAUGCAGCUUUAUGAAUAUGUAGCAUGAUCAUUACAAAUGUUUUGGUUUUGUUGACAUUUGGACAUGGUUUGAUUUGCAUGAUCUUAUUUCUUCCAUUCUCUAUAAAUUUUGUUGCAGCAGCA